GCUUUGACUUCAAGACCUGCAAUGUGCUCGUGGCGCUGGAGCAGCAGUCCCCAGACAUCGCCCAGGGCGUCCAUCUGGACAGAAACGAAGAGGACGUCGGUGCCGGAGACCAGGGCUUGAUGUUCGGCUAUGCCACCGACGAGACGGAGGAGUGCAUGCCCCUCACCAUCAUCCUUGCUCACAAACUCAACGCCCGGAUGGCAGAGCUGAGGCGCUCGGGGGUGCUCCCCUGGCUCAGGCCUGACUCGAAGACUCAGGUGACAGUGCAGUACAUGCAGGACAACGGCGCGGUCAUCCCCAUGCGCGUCCACACCAUCGUCAUCUCUGUGCAGCACAAUGAGGACAUCACGCUGGAGGACAUGCGCAAGGCCCUGCAGGAGAAGGUGAUCCGGGCCGUGGUGCCCGCCAAGUACCUGGACAAAGACACCAUCUACCACCUGCAGCCCAGCGGGCGCUUUGUCAUCGGCGGUCCCCAGGGGGAUGCGGGCGUCACUGGCCGGAAGAUUAUCGUGGACACCUAUGGCGGCUGGGGGGCGCACGGUGGCGGGGCCUUCUCCGGGAAGGACUACACCAAGGUGGACCGCUCGGCGGCUUACGCUGCCCGCUGGGUGGCUAAGUCCCUGGUGAAAGCAGGGCUGUGCCGGAGAGUGCUUGUGCAGGUUUCCUACGCCAUCGGUGUGGCCGCGCCACUGUCCAUUUCCAUCUUCACCUACGGAACCUCAAAGAAGACCGAGAGAGAGCUGCUGGACGUGGUGAACAAGAACUUCGACCUCCGGCCUGGCGUCAUCGUCAGGGACUUGGAUUUGAAG